AUCUGUUUCCCGAAGCCCCGCCCUCAUUGUCGUCCAAUUUUCAAUCAGCAGAAAGGGGAACGAAGAGGAGGAGCAGUGCGGGGCGGGUCCCCUUCUCCCUCCUCAGGCCAGGGUUUAUCGCCAUUCAGUCUCACAGUCCAUGGCGGGGGCCCAAAAUCAGUCCCCGAUUGUUGAGCCUGUGUCCUCGUUAUCUGGACUUGUUAGAUUGCGCAGAGUAAAUUCCUUGUUGUAAAUUUCCUUAAUCCCAAUGCGAGGCGGCAACUGCUCCUUGGAGCUGUAGGGUUUUAGGCUCUCAGCGUCGCCGCGAAAGGGAUUGUCCCUUUUCUCUUGUAAUUUGUUGGAAUCUGCAAAAUUUUCUUGUUGAAUUGUUUAGUUUAGGUCUUGUUGAUUGAGAGGUGGAGGUCAAUCAGAAUGGCGUCGAUGGCGCACGCCCUGACGCUUCCAUCCAUGGGAGUCUUGGACGCGAAGAUUAAUGGCGGUGCGAAGAGUAGGAGACGGGUGGCCGCGAGGGCAGCGGGGUGUAUCAGAAGGAAGAAUUUGCCGCUUGGUGAUAAUUGCAUUGGCAUUGGCUGGGAUCCUUUGCACAUGGGAUUGCUACCUGUUGCUGAUCGAGCUCGUGUGAAUCUUGUUGCUGAUUUUACCAACGUCCGUAAUCAGCUGAAGAGUAGCAGGAGAGUGAUGGCAUUCUUGCAGCGUUCUACCUUGUUAUCCGGGCAUGUGCGCGGUCACACAACAGGGCAGAGUGGGAGACUUUCUGUUAGAUGUAGCGCUGAUUUUCCUGAUUCUAUGGAAUUAGAUCCAUCUCUAAGCAAUGAAAGUUCUGAGAGCAAGGAGGAACUUUGCACGACUGCAAGCACUCAAUCAAUGGCCAAACUAGGGGUCUAUACAUCUCUGGCUUUGGUCCUCCCAGCAGUUAUCACUGCACAAGCUUCAGCCAAGGUAGCCCAAAAAGUCAAGAAGAAAGCGAAAGUUCCCAAGGCAGUUCCGACCAUGCAGUUAGAAGAAAGGAAGCAAUGGGUUCAAGGCCUUCCAAGGAUAGACGAGACAAUACCUUACACGGAGGUGCUUGAACUUCGAGAAGCAGAUAAAGUGAAACACAUCAUCAAGCAUCCCAAUAGUAGGUUGAAAGAGCGGCCGGAAAGAGUUUUAGUUGUCUUGGAGGAUGAUCGUGUGGUGCGUUGUGUGCUUCCACCUCCUGAUAGAGAUGAACAGUUUUGGACCAACUGGGAGAGUAUGGAACUUAAUAGUCUCCUUAUCGAUGCAUUUUCUCCUGCAAUUCCCCCUGCAAAGGUUGAAGGCUGGGCUGGUAAGGGGCCAUCUUUGACGUUUCUCUAUAAAAUUCAGGAUUUUUUCAGGAAACGAAAGAGCAGUACUAGUAAGGGUGCUAAAGGAUCGAAGUCCACUAACUCAAGACUAGAAGAGUUAGCGAAGGCCCGCCGGGAAAUGGAGCUAGAGCGUAAGAACCUGGAAUCAGAGACAAGGAGAUUGGAGGCUCAAAGGAUUCAAGACAUGAAGAAAGCCAGGGCGCAAGCACAAAUGGCAAGAGAGCAAGCGGAAAGGGUGCGGAAAAAAGAGGAAAAUUGGGCUCGGGAUGCAGAAAAACGGCAGCUUCGAAUGCAACAGCAAGCUCAGGAUAGUGUUGAUUGGAGUAACUUCUUCUACAGUGCGUCCAGAAAUGAGGGCUUCCGGUUCUUGAUGGGCGUCUUCUUUUUCUGGUUAUUUUAUCAAACAGUAGUUGUUGGGGUGAAAAAGAGGAAACAAGAUUACGAAGAUCGAUUGAAAAUUGAGGCGGCAGAGGAAGAGGAACGUCGCAAAAUGCGGGAGUGGGAGAGUGAAAUGGAGGCUGCUGAGGCUGCCACAACAACUGAAGAAUGGGGAAAGGAAGGAAUGAGUGAGGAAGAAAAGAAGAGAUUGGAGGAACUGGAGAAAAACCCUCAAUUGCAAAUGGGAAUGAAGUUCAUGAAAUCAGGUGCACGAGUGAGACGUGCUAAAGGACGCCGUCCACCUCAGUAUCUGGAUUUAGAUGCAGAUGUGAAGUUUGCAGACGUUGCAGGACUGGGGGACAUCCGCAAGGAGCUUGAAGAAAUUGUAGAUUUCUUCACGUAUGGUGAAAAAUAUAGGCGACGUGGUAGUAAAAUUCCUGCUGGUAUUCUACUUUGUGGAGAGCCAGGAACAGGAAAGACUCUCUUAGCAAAAGCUGUUGCAGGUGAGGCCGGAGUCAAUUUCUUUUCGAUUUCAGCAUCUCAAUUUGUGGAGAUCUAUGUCGGAGUUGGAGCCUCUCGAGUGCGUGCCUUGUAUAAUGAGGCUCGAGAGAAUGCACCAGCAGUGGUCUUCAUUGAUGAGUUGGAUGCAGUAGGGAGGCAGCGUGGUUUGAUAGGAGGGUCUGGUGGGCAAGAGCGUGAUUCGACGUUGAAUCAGCUGCUUACAUGCCUGGAUGGGUUUGAAGGAAGAGGGGAGGUCAUCACUAUAGCUGCCACAAAUAGGCCUGACAUUUUAGAUACUGCACUUGUCCGACCUGGUCGGUUUGAUAGGAAGAUAUAUAUUCCCAAGCCUGGGACCAAAGGACGUGCAGAGAUCCUUAGGGUCCAUGCAAGGAACAAGCCAAUGGCAGAAGAGGUGGACUAUGAUGCAGUUGCGGAGAUGACUGAUGGAAUGGUGGGAGCCCAAUUGGCUAAUAUUUUGGAUGUUGCAGCCCUCCAAGUGCUGCGAGAACGUCGAUCUGAGAUCACCACAGAUGAUCUGCUGGAGGCUGCUCAACUGGAGGAAGGGGGUCACCCCGAUCCACGCCCUCGUAGUGACUACUUGUUGUGGAUGCUUGCGUUGAAUGAGGCUUCGAUGGCUGCCUUUGCAGCAAAUUGUCCCGACUUGAAGCAAAUUCAACUGGUAACUAUCGUGCCGAGAAUGGGGGAGGAGAAAGGUGCAGUGCGAUUUAGGACUGACCGUACCAAGUUUGAACUGCAAUCUGUCAGCCGUCAAGGGAUGUUGGAUUACAUCGCAGUCCAGCUUGCACCACGAGCAGCCGAUGAAAUUUGGAAUGGUGUUGACAAUAUGAGUACCAUAUGGGCUGACACAGUUGACCAGGCACGCGCUGCGGCACGAGACUUUGUAUUUGCAGGUCUCUCUGAUAAGGAAGAUCUUUAUGGUCUUUAUGACUGUGUCUACAAUUACGAAAGUGUGCAGUCUGUUGACGUUGAAGCGUUGAAGAUUGUAAAUCAGUGCUAUGAUCGUGUACUUGAGUAUUUGAAGCGAAAUCGGACGUUGGUCAAUAAAAUGGUGGAGGCAUUAGUGAAAGACCGAGUAAUUAGGCAAGUAGAGUUUUCACAAUUAGUAUCUACAUACGGAAACCUAGAUCCGCCGCCAUCCACGCCCGUGGAGAUACGCGACCGCAGCCUUGCAGCUUUUCAAGAGGCGAUGAUAACUGAGAAGCGAAGCAUAAGAAAGUGAAAGAUGCAGUGUAGUGUCGGUAGAAAAAUCUGACCCGCUGUGUUUAGAUCAUUCCGUUUUAAUGAGUUUGAGGCCUAAGAUGUUUUCCCACGCAGGCAUCGAUUAGAGAUUGAGAGAAGCUAUGUAUAGGUUGGGCAUUACAGUUGGGAAGUGUGACUUGAUCACAGGAGUUCCAAUGCCCAAGAGAACAACUAGCUAGCUGUAGCUUGUACCAUGGGUUAAAAUUGGUAUCGGUGUCUACCAUAUGUUGAAAUAACAUGUUAGGGACACCACUUGGCACACUGGUCGCAUUUCUUCUUUCAUUUUCUUGCUUUCCGGCAAUUCGACCUGCUUCAUAUCAAUGAUCGGACUCGAACAUUUCCAAUU